GGCGGGGCGUCGGCGGCAGUCGGGCGGCUGAGGCGGCUGAGGUGGCUGAGGUGGCCGCUGAAGCUGAGGCAGCGGGCGCGGCCGGGAUGGCGAAGAGCAGCGGAGAAAACGGGCCGCGCGCUUCCGCAGCCAGGGGGAGCCUGUCGGGGACCCGAGAGAGCCUGGCCCCGGGCCCCGACGCCGCAACGGCCGAUGAACUCAGCUCUCUCGGCUCGGACUCAGAGGCCAACGGCUUCGCUGAGCGCCGCAUCGACAAGUUCGGCUUCAUCGUGGGCUCGCAAGGCGCCGAGGGCGCGCUGGAGGAAGUUCCUCUGGAGGUGCUGAGGCAGAGGGAGUCCAAGUGGCUGGACAUGCUCAACAACUGGGACAAAUGGAUGGCCAAGAAGCACAAAAAGAUCCGUCUGCGGUGCCAGAAAGGCAUUCCACCUUCUCUGCGGGGCCGUGCUUGGCAAUACCUGUCAGGAGGCAAGGUGAAGCUGCAGCAGAACCCUGGAAAGUUCGACGAGCUGGACAUGUCCCCCGGGGACCCCAAGUGGCUGGAUGUGAUUGAGCGUGACCUGCACCGGCAGUUCCCUUUCCACGAGAUGUUUGUGUCCCGGGGGGGCCACGGCCAGCAGGACCUGUUCCGUGUGCUGAAGGCCUACACACUCUACCGGCCCGAGGAGGGCUACUGCCAGGCCCAGGCACCCAUUGCAGCUGUCCUGCUCAUGCACAUGCCUGCUGAGCAAGCCUUCUGGUGCCUGGUGCAGAUCUGUGAGAAGUACCUGCCUGGCUACUACAGUGAGAAACUGGAGGCCAUCCAGCUGGAUGGGGAGAUCCUCUUCUCACUGCUCCAGAAGGUGUCUCCUGUGGCCCACAAGCACCUCAGCCAGCAGAAGAUUGACCCCUUGCUCUACAUGACAGAGUGGUUCAUGUGUGCCUUCGCCCGCACCUUGCCCUGGAGCUCCGUGCUGCGUGUCUGGGACAUGUUCUUCUGCGAAGGAGUCAAGAUCAUCUUCCGGGUGGGGUUGGUGCUGCUGAAGCAUGCGCUGGGCUCCCCUGAGAAGCUCAAAGCCUGCCAGGGCCAGUACGAGACCAUUGAGCGGCUGAGGAGCCUCAGCCCCAAGAUCAUGCAGGAGGCCUUCCUGGUCCAGGAGGUGGUAGAGUUGUCAGUGACAGAGCGCCAGAUUGAGCGUGAGCACCUCAUCCAGCUGCGGCGCUGGCAGGAGACCCGGGGUGAACUGCAGUGCCACUCUUCGCCCAGGCUGCACGGCGCCAAGGCCAUCCUGGAGGCAGAGCCUGGCCCAUGGCCCACCUUGCAGCCUUCACCAUCCAUCCGCCUGCCUCCGGACGCCCCCCUCCCUGGCUCCAAAGGCAAGUCCAAGCCAUCCAAGCAGGUCCAGAAGGAGCAGAAGGAACAGCGGAAGCAGGCGAAGGCGAGUGGGCAGCCAGACAAGCCCACAACCACAAGUCAAGCCAAAGUGGUGGCCGCUGCUGGAGAUGCAUGUCCCCCACAGGAUGUGCCCUCGAAGGACCCAGGCCACCAGGACCCAGCCCCUCAAGACUCAGCUCCCCAGGACACAGCCCACCACCGCUCCCAGGAGAGCCUGACAUCCCAGGAGAGUGAGGACACCUACUUGUAACCGUGGCAGCUCAGGCCCCGGGGCUGGGGUCUCCACACACCUAUACAGUUCAUGGACUGACUUCAGGGCCUGCCCACCCUCUGAGGGCCCGGUCGCCUGGGUCGGCAGGGAGUCUGGCUGGCCCAGCACAGAUUCUGCCUGAGCCUCCUUAUUUAUUUUCUCCAGAGCGGAGCUUGGGCAGGCCCAGCUGGGGCAGGCAGAAGUGGGUGAGGCCUUGUUUGGCCCCCUCCUCCUGGAGGCAUGUUCUCCGGGACCAGGGCACUGAUGUGAGGGGAGAGGGAGGGGUAAAGGGUGGGGUGCUCUUUGUGUAAAAUAGAAACAUGGUUUUGUACAGAAAUAAACAGGCUUGUGUAGAGA